AUGCCCCUUCUCGGACUGGGGGUGUUUCAGAACGAUGAUUGUAUACCUGCGUGUCUCGCUGCACUCAGACACGGCUACAGGCACAUAGAUUCUGCGCGUGUCUACCGCAAUGAGGCGCAGGUCGGCGAAGCUGUGCGCCAGAGCGGCGUACCUCGCGGGGAUAUCUUCGUCACUUCUAAGAUCAUACACAGCGACUACGGCUACAAUAGCACGCUGAGUGCAAUCGACGAGUCGCUUCAGCGCUUCGGCUUCGACUAUCUCGAUUUAUUCCUCAUCCACAGCCCGCACUCCGGCAAGGCACGCCGCCUCGAGACUUGGAAGGCGCUUGUUAAAGCCAAAGAAGAUGGCAAGCUGCGCACCAUCGGUGUCUCAAAUUACAGCGUGCACCACCUCGAAGAGAUCCGCGAGGCCGGGCUCGAGACGCCCUCCGUGAACCAGAUCGAGCUGCAACCGUUCUGCCAGCAACGUCCCAUAACCGAGUACUGCGAGAAGAACAACAUCGUCGUGCAAGCGUACUGUCCACUCGUGCGCGGGCGCUUCGAUAACCCCGCGUUGCAGGAGGUCGCUGCAAAGUACGAGAAGGACGUAGCACAGGUGCUUGUGCGGUGGUCGCUACAGCGCGGCUACAGCCCGCUACCAAAGUCCUCACAGCCGGCACGUGUCGUGUCGAACGCUGACUUGUAUGACUUCGAGCUCGCUGCAGAGGACAUGGCUAAGCUUGACGCGCUCGACCUGGGCUCGCGCGGUGCGAUCAGCUGGAACCCUGUCGAUGUGGAGUGA